GACACCUGAAGAAAUCUAAAGACAUCUGAAGACGUGAAGAUGAAACUGUCCUGUGUUGUUGCUGUUGCUGUCCUUGUUCUGGCCCUCUGCUCCCAGGGACAAAGCCAGUCAAGCUUUGGACCAGAUAAAUGCUGUUUUAGUUAUUACAGCAAGCCAAUUCCACCUAGAGCCAUAAAAGGCUACAACCGUACUAACCCCAGUUGCACCAAACAGGCAGUGAUCCUCAUCACUGUGAAAGGCAAAGAAUUGUGCGCCAACCCAGAGGUCAAGGAAGUCCAGGAGAUUAUGGACAGAGUGGACGACCUGUUUGGUACCCCGGCACCCAUCCAUUCCCGUUAACACGUGACCACAGACGACGUCCACCAGCCCUGCGCUCCUUUCUGAGAUGUCCAUGUACACUGCACCUCAGAGUCACAGUGAAUGUAACAACCUGUAACUCAGUUGCUUUGUUUUGCACAAAAAUACUAUUCUGCAUUUUCUCCUUCAUAUUUCUGUAAGAGGGCCCUUUCAAUAUAAGGCCUACAGAUAAAUAAGUUUGAGUAAUAAACCUGAGAAUCACGCUUCUGUACAAUAUUACUCUGACCAGGUUUUAAUAAAUGUAUUUUGGCUACA